UACAGAAUAAUAACCCUUUUGACUCCGCUGGCUACUCUUUACUGGACGCUUAUUACAAUCUCGCAGCUUAGCCGACCUCUCUCCCACGAAAACUAUCAGUAAUCCAAUGGCGGAUGCUACGGGACCCAGUGCAGCUCCUGCCACGAGUGCGGAGACGGAGAAGAAAACAUCCGUCGGGAUUGUAGAGCCUGAAAGCAAGCCACAGACGGCGGAAAUAAAGCGAUGGGGUGAUAUGGUAGACGAUGAGGAGCAACCUGGCGACACUGCCUCCUCAUCUGAUGAUAAAGUCGUCGAGGAACUAAAAGUGGAUAAAUUAGCUAUUGACGAUAGCAAAAAAAUCAACAAAUUCCUCGAUGACCCCGAAGAUUCCAGCAUCCAAGCUGUUACAUCUGGUGAUACCCCAUAUACAUCAGCUGCUACAUUUGAAGAUUUGAACCUGUCACCAGAGCUGUUGAAGGGAUUGUAUGUGGAAAUGAAAUUCCAGAAACCUAGCAAAAUUCAAGCUAUAAGUCUUCCAAUGAUCUUGACUCCUCCAUACAAAGAUUUGAUAGCUCAGGCACAUAAUGGUUCUGGUAAGACCACUUGUUUCGUGCUUGGCAUGUUGAGUCGCAUCAAUCCAAAUGUGAAAAGACCUCAGGCACUUUGUAUUUGUCCUACAAGAGAGUUGUCUAUUCAGAAUUUGGAAGUUCUUCAAAAAAUGGGAAAGUACACUGGAAUCAGUUCAGAAUGUGCUGUGCCAAUGGACAGUGGAAACAAUGAUAGAUCUAGAAGCAGGCCACCAAUAUUUGCACAAGUAGUUAUUGGCACCCCUGGUACGAUAAAGAGACUGAUGUCUCAGAAGAAAUUAAGCAUUAUUGAUAUGCAAGUUCUUGUUUUUGAUGAGGCUGAUCACAUGCUGGCCAAGGAUGGAUUUCAAGAUGAUUCCUUGAGGAUAAUGAAGGAUAUUGAAAGACUCAAUGCUCAGUGCCAGGUUCUUCUGUUUUCUGCUACAUUUGAUGAGACUGUCAAGAAUUUUGUAUCAAGGAUUGUGAGGAAAGAUUACAAUCAACUCUUUGUGAAGAAAGAAGAACUAUCAUUAGAUUCUGUAAAGCAGUACAAGGUAUACUGUCCUAAUGAGGUGACCAAAAUUACAGCUAUUAAAGACAGAAUCCUUGAACUAGGGGAGAGCCUGGGACAGACAAUUAUAUUUGUGAACACAAAACGAAGUGCAGGUAUGUUGCAUAAGGCACUUGUUGACCUAGGUUAUGAAGUGACCACCAUACAUGGUGCACUCACUCAUGAAGACCGAGACAAGAUAGUCAAAGAGUUCAAAGAUGGUUUGACUCAAGUUCUGAUAUCAACUGACGUUCUUGCCCGUGGCUUUGAUCAACAGCAGGUUAAUUUGGUUAUCAAUUAUGAUCUUCCAGUGAAGUAUGAGACUCCAUCAGAGCCUCAUUAUGAGGUGUACUUGCAUAGGAUUGGUAGAGCAGGACGUUUUGGUCGCAAAGGAGCUGUCUUCAACUUUGUGAUGACUGAUAGGGACAUGAUGAUAAUGGAAAAAAUUGAUAAGUACUUUGGCACCAAAGUAAAAGAGGUCCCAUCCUGGAACAGUGAGGAGGAUUUUAAGGCUGCUCUGAAAGAAGCUGGGCUGCUGUAAACAUCUACUAUCAUUCAGCUUGGCCAGUGCGCAAGCUUAUUUAGUCUCUUAGAGUUGCCGAUUUUGAUGGAGUGAUCUUAAAUCUCUUAAAAGAGUUGCAGAUUUUGUCACGGAUACCUGUUAUUUGUGCCCAAGUCAUCCAUUCUAUAAUGAUGCCCUUUGUGUAUUGAAAAUAGUUUACUUGAUGAAACUUUGUGUCUAUAAAAUUAUCAUUUAUUAUAAUUUUCAA